AACCCAUCAGAUGGUCGUCGUGCGGAGCGCGAGCGAAAUUCGAAUCCAGUCGAGAGCGCCCGAUUUCAAAGAUUUAAAUAAACGAUCGUGUGCAUAUGCAAAUGUAAUUUGCUGUGAAGAUGCAAGCGUGAAAUAGCCCGAGUUUCUUGAUGCAAGUCCCACGAAAUCGAAACAAUCGAAAGUUUAUUGAAGAAAAUAACUCAAAGUGAAAAAUCGCAACCAAAAUACGUGCAGGAUGAGGACAAAAAUGAACGUGUCCUGGCCAUGGAGCAUCCUGCUGCUGCUAAUCGCCGCCAUAUCCUUCACCGAUGGCUACAACAUCGAUCUGCCCAGUUAUGUUCGCUUCCGGCAAGCCACCAAUUCCAUGUUUGGAUUCAGCAUUGCAAUGCACAAGGCACGCAGCAAUUUCUUCAGCAAUCAGAACAACUGCAGCCUGAUUGUUGGAGCACCCCAGUUGGACACCUCCCGUUACCAGCCAGGUGUGGAGGUGGGCGGCGGUGUCUUCAAGUGCAGCAUGAACGAUGAUGACUGCAAACUGGUGACAUUCGAUUCGAAAGGUAACAAUCGGAAUAGUGACCAUCAGAUUGUGGACAGGAAGUCCCAUCAAUGGCUAGGAGCGACAGUGGCCACAGGACGCGAUAAUGAUAUGGUUGUGGUAAGCUUGUGCCCUCGCUAUGUGUUCCAUACGAUGACGCCUGCCACAACGUUCCGCAUUGAUCCCGUGGGCACCUGCUUCACCUCGCGCGACUUUGAGCGCUUCCAUGAGGUCUCCCCCUGCAGGACAAACUACUGGGGUUAUCAUCGCCAGGGCUCGUGUCAGGCGGGAUUCAGUGCAGCUAUCAAUGGGAAUGGCUCGCGUCUGUUCAUUGGCGCACCUGGCAGUUGGUACUGGCAAGGACAAACCUACUCAAUACCGCCCGAUGCCGAGUUUCCAUUUAAGCCGCCUUUGUAUCAGCCCUUCGGCACUGGAGGUCAGGCCAGCUCUCAUGAUGUUACCCGGCCGGAGAACCAGGUCUUCUCCACCUCAGAGAGCUCCUCGGCCAAUGAUGACUCCUAUUUGGGUUACUCAAUGAUCACCGGUGACUUCAAUGGCGAUCGUAGCGAGGAUGUGGCUAUAGGAAUGCCCCGAGGCGCCAAUCUUGUGGGCAGAAUCGUAGUCAAUAGCUGGAAUAUGGCGAAUAUCUUCAACAUCACCGGUCGUCAAAUUGGCGAAUACUUCGGUUACUCCUUGGCCACCAGCGAUGUGGAUGGCGAUGGCCUGGACGAUCUGAUCAUUGGCGCACCCAUGUACACGGAUCCCGAGAAUGUUGAGGGCAAGUACGAUGUGGGACGAGUGUAUAUCCUGCUGCAGGGCGGCCAGACUGAGGACAGGCGCUGGAGCAUUGAGCAUAUCCGCGAUGGACUCCACAGUAAGGGACGCUUUGGCCUGGCCCUGACCACACUGGGUGAUGUCAACGGUGAUGGGUAUGGUGACUUUGCUGUGGGUGCACCAUAUGACGGACCCGAGGGUCGUGGUGUUGUCUACAUCUACCAUGGAUCCAGCAAUGGUCCAUUGGCGAAGCCCUCGCAAGUGAUCAAGUCAGAGCAGAUUGUCGAAGGAGCACCCUAUCCGCGCACCUUUGGCUUCUCUUUGUCCGGUGGCGUCGACAUGGAUGGCAACACAUAUCCAGAUUUGGCUGUGGGUGCCUACACCUCCGACCAGGUGUUCAUCUUCAAGGCACGACCAGUGGCCGCUGUGAAUGCGGAGACCAACUUUGUCAGCAACUCCAAGCUGAUCAGCCUGGACGACAGGAGCUGCCAGUUGCAGCGGGAUCACAAGCAGGUGCCCUGCAUGCUCCUCACCACCUGCUGGAGCUACACGGGUCGCUAUCUGCCUGAGCAGCUGGACUUUGAUGUAUCCUGGCUGCUGGAUGCCAAGAAGCUGCCCAAUCCACGCAUGUUCUUCCUCCGCGACGAGGGCAAACACAUUAGGAAUCAAACCAUUCGCUUGAACUAUGGUCAAAAGUACUGCCUUAAUGAGACGGUGUAUCUGAUGGACAAGGUCCAGGACAAGCUUACACCUCUGGAGGUGGAAGCCAGGUAUAAUCUGCGCAGCAAUCGACCCCUCGAGCCGGAGGUGCGUCGCAGGAGGAGCACUCUGGAUCCGAUAAUUGAUCAGAAUCGGGAGAUUGUUCUAAGGGAUGCCAUCAAUAUACAAAAGAACUGUGGUCCGGACAACAUCUGUGAGCCAGAUCUCAAGCUGGAGGUCAAAACUGUGGACAAGUAUCUAUUUGGCUCGCCGGAACCCCUGGUCAUUGAGGUUCUGAUUUCGAACAACAACGAGGAUGCCUUUGAGGCUGCCUUCUAUAUGCUCACUCCGCCGGAUCUGCAAUUCCGGAAGCUGCAGCAGCUGGGCGAGAAGAAGGACACACCCAUCACCUGCUCACCGCCCACGCCGGCCAAUAAUCACACGUUGAAGUGCGACAUUGGCAAUCCCUUGGAGUCUGGAAAGAUUGCACACUUCAAGAUUAGCCUGGUGCCGGAGGAAAAGUACGGCAGCUCAUCCAGCUAUGACUUCUACUGGGAGGCCAACUCCACGAACCCGGAGAAAGAGGGCUCCGGUUUCGAUAACAAAAUCCGCCAGAGCGUUGGCAUUUGGGUGGACACUGACCUGGACAUCAAGGGCACCUCCCUGCCCGACUAUCAGCUAUACAAGGCGGACGACUAUACGACCCUGGAGAAUGCCACCAAGGAGGAUGAGAUUGGACCCCAGGUGGUGCACAUCUAUGAGAUUCGCAAUAAUCGUCCCUCGAUCAUCGAGGAAGCGGAAGUACGCAUCCAUCUGCCCUACGAGACCAUUGUGGGUGAUCCCCUCAUGUAUCUCCUGAAUCAACCGGAGACUGGCGGCAAGAUCACCUGCGACGAGGUGCUGGUCAAUGAGAAUAACCUGCUGCUGGACGAGAAGCUGGCCCGGAAGUCGUAUCUGCAGGCCCAGGGUGCCAUUUCGAACUCCGCCCUGGUCGGAGGGCAAUCCACCUCCUCCUCCUCCAGCUCAUCCAGUGCGGGAAGUGGUGCGGCCAAGGAGGGCGGCGGCCACCUGGAGAUAUCCCAGGGCGGCGGUGGUUCCGGUCAGGCUGUCUUGGUCAGCAAGACGGAGGCCAAAAACCGUCUGACCGCCAAGCAGCUGGCGGAACUGGAGCACGAGGACACCUUGGAGGUGCCCGGUGAUGCCUCAUUUGUGCACCGAGAUCGCGCCACCCAGGCGGCGGUGCAGGUCCAAGAACCACGCAUCAAUCAAUCCAGCUUCGCCACCUUCUCCACCAGCAGCGGAAGCUUGGGAUCGGGAUCCCCCUCGGCCCAGCUGCGUGGCCACAGCACCCAGGGACACAUCCAGAUAGCCGGACCUGCCCAGCAGUCCAGCAGCUCGGGCAAUUAUCGUGCUUGGCCGCAGCAUCAUCAACAGCAACAGCAGCAGCAGAUCCUUCUGGCCGGAGCAGGUUCCGGUGGAGGAGGCAGCUUCAAUGACAAGUCCCAGUUUGGCGGCCGGACAGGCAACUUCCAUGCCGGCACCCUGGACUUGGGCACCCUUGGCAACCGUGGCAAUGUGGACAAUGAGCUGUAUCAGCGGAGCCAGAGCAGUGGUCACUAUCCCGGCCAAACUGUGGGCCAGAGCCAGGGACAGUUCCGUGUGCAGAGCCAGGGACUGGGACAGGGACAGUACCAGGGCCAGAACCAGGGCCAAUUCCAGGGUCCCAGCCAUUCCUAUCAGGGACAGACGCAGUUCAGUAGCGCUCCAGGUGGCUAUCAGACUCACCAUGUGACCUUCUCUUCCGGCGGUAGCAAGCCUUAUUAUGGCCGGGAAAAUGAGGACUACUACGACGAGGAUAAUCUUCAACAGGCCACGCCCGCUGCCACGGGUCACUGGAGCAGCUCCAGCUCUAGCUCACAGCGACGCCUGCGCAGGACGCCAGAGGACGAUGAGGAGCAGCAGCCCCGCCAGAUCGAUCUGAAUUCUCCGUGCAAGUCGGCCAAAUGCAAGACCAUUCGAUGUGUGGUCAGUAACCUGGGAACGGAGGAUGGUGAUGCCGCCUUUGUGGCCAUACGGGCACGCAUGGUGGCCACGACAAUGGAGAAACUGGCCUCAAAUGUGCCGCUGAAUGUGUCCACGCUGGCGGUGGCCAACGUGACCCUGCUGCCGUUCAUUGGGCCGCCCAAGGAUCCCAUCGAAAAGACGCACGAGAUCUUCUACAAGGCGGAACCGGAACCGCAACAGGUGCCGGAUGUUGUGCCCCUGUGGGUGGUUGUCCUGGCUGCCUGUGCUGGUGCCCUCAUCUUCCUACUGCUCGUUUGGUUGCUGUACAAGUGUGGGUUCUUCAAUCGCAACCGGCCAACUGAUCACUCUCAGGAGCGACAGCCACUGCGGAAUGGCUACCAUGGCGACGAACAUCUGUAGAUCCUUUCCAAAAGGAAAAUGAUAGCAGAAAAACGCAACAACUAAUAACACGACAUGCCACGAACAAUAAGUACUUCUAACAUCGCACUAAACCAAAACGUACUAAAAAAAAGGCGUACUAAGAAAGGGGAACUGAAAUUUGGGUUCCAAACCGAAACGUGUUAUACGAAAAUCGAUCAGUUAUCCGGCGGAUAAAUCUUUGAAUAUUUGAAAGGCGAAUACAACAAGAAAACACAUUUAAACUUGCCUAGUCACGACAUGAAGAACUUUCUAAUAUGCGUAAAGGUAUCUUUUUACUUGAUUGAUUAUUUUUAAUUAUUUUUAUUUCGAGGAAAGUUCAGCAAGUGCUAUUAUUAAGCCCGUACUAAAAAAAAACAUAAAAGCAGGAAAAAGGUAGAAGCCUAAGCUAAGUGUGUGUGAAUGAAGUGAGCGAUUGUGUGUGUAUGAGAAGGUGAAUAUUUGUGUGUGCGAGAGCGAAUGUGAGUGAUAGUAAAAAAAAGAAAAGAAAAGAAAAGAAAAGGAUAAUAGAAACUCGGAAAUAUCAGAAUUCAGAGACCGAGAAAUGAUUCAAGUCUCGCGAGCCUUGCCGCGCUGUCAAGUUGGUCCUUUAAAAGUACUGCCAUGCCCCCUUUUCUUAGACAACUGCAGAUGCGGGGAGGCGGAUAAGCAGAGGUGCUAAUAUAAAUUUUUUUUUUUUCUUAUGUUUAAAUUCUAUUAUCAAGUUUCUUGAGCAUUUUUUGUUGGCGUUUUGAAAUUAAGAAAAAUAUUAAAAAAUAAUACCUUGUUAUGUGGAAAAUCGUUUGCCAAAACUCAAAGUUCGCGAAAGAAGAAAAUUACAACGCCAAAAUGUGUUGAAAAUGCAAAAACAACAAAAAAUUAAUAAGAAAAAACAACAAAUUAUUGGAUUAAUCGAUGUAAUUAUUUAACUAUAACUCUUUGUGUAUAUACUAAAAAAGAAACCACGAAAUGAAAUGAAUGGAGAAGAGUUAAAUCGUUUUUAUUUAAAUUAAUAAUGCAUUUAUUUCCAAACUACAAUGGGAGAAGCGCUGACCGACUUCUUGCAGUGUAUUCUCGAAAUAAACCCCCUGUACUAAACCUUAGUUUCGCCCCUCCCCCUGCUCACAGUUUAGUUUAGUUCAAUUAUACGCUAAUGUUUAAUUUAUUAACUGUACUUAUUACUGAUUGCCCCCCACUUUCCCACUACUUUUUUUUUUGCUAAUUUCUGUAUUACAUUUAAUGAUUUAUAAUAAAAAGAUACGAAUAA